GUCCGUCCGUCGGAGGUUGGGGCCGUCAAAGUCGCGUCCCGUCCGGGACGUCGCGAGAGACGUCACGCCGGAGGAGAGUUGGUCAGAGCGCAGGGGGGAGGGGCGGUGGAAUCGGUUGAAUCGAUUGUGAAUUGUCCACGCCAAUUCACAAUCAGAGUCGCCAUACUGCAGCAGCAGCAGCAGCUGCAGCAGCAGCAGCAGCAGGAGCAGCAGCAGCAGGAGCAGCAGCAACAGCAGGAGGGAGAAUCCGAGAAGCUGUCAAGCUCUUUGUGCGUCACAGAUGUCCAGUAGCAGGGGCCACGGGGUAAGAAAGACAAAUUUCCCCCGCCGUGUAGCCUCUAACAGACUCAGGGGCAAGUGCUGUUAGUAGCGAGUAGCAGCACCUACACAGACAAAGGUCCCCCGUGUAGCCUGUAACAGACUGUAGGGGCAAGUGCUGUUAGUAGCGAGUAGCAGCAAGUACACACAGACAAAGGUCCCCCGUGUAGCCUCUAACAGACUGUAGGGGCAAGUGCUAUUAGUAGCGAGUAGCAGCACCCAUGACGGGCGGCACGACACAGCAGGGGCUGGGUGUGUCCAGCACGACGCCCGACCGCCUUAGUCUCCCUGGCGGCGAGGUCUACUACACACCGUCACACCGCCCCCACACCGGCUACUCGUUUGAGGCUGAAUCGAAACGACCGUCACCCGCACAUACACCGAGUGAAGACGCUCCUGGCUCGCCGGUUCAUCCCCUUGGGCGGCUCAGACUCCUCCCAGAGCCGCCGGCGCCGGGAGGAGGAGGCGGUGGGAGCCUCCGUGCCGUCCCAUCGCGAGCGGCCGCUCCCCGCCGGGACGACGGGAAGGAACGCGCCGCGUGGGUUCCGCUCGAUCCGACGGACGCCGCCGCCGCCGAGAGUCUCCGAGCUCGGAGCGCCGGGGCGGACCGGCGGAGCGCCGCACACCCCGACCCGACCCCGACCCCGACCUCAUCCUCCGAUACGUGGGGGGGGAGGGCGCCCCGCCCAGCGUCCCACCCCUCCCCGCCCGCGUCGCCCGGAGCGCCGGCGUCACCCAGCAGCGAGAAGAUGAGGAGAUCCACCUCUGUCCAGGAGGUGGAGCCUCCUCCUCCUCCUGCUCCGUGGGUCGCGUCGUCGAUGGACUCCGUGGAAGUUGAGGUGGCGCUGGAGGUCACGCUGGAGGAGGUCACGCUGGAGGUCACGCUGGAGGAGGUCACGCUGGAGGAGGUCACGGUGGUGGAGGAGGCGACGUCCCAGAGCUCCCCUCCGUGGGAACCCGGCAAAGCCUCGACUCCAAACAACUCCACGGGAGAGAGCUCCCAGUCGCCUCCGUGCCCCACCUCGUCUAACUGAUCACACGGGACACACUCCAUGGUGUCUAACCCGUCACACGGUACACACUCCAGCACCUUGUCCAACUCAUGCCACCACGGGACACGUUCCAGCUGCUGUCCCUCCUCCACCUCCUCCCCCUCCACCUCCUCCCCCCCCACCACACCAAGCCCUUGCAGGGCAACGCUCCGCUGGGCUACGUGGAGCUGGCUGUGAGCGCCGCCGCCGCCGUGAUGAUGAUGACGAUGAGUCUCCACGUCCUCUGGGAGAUCCAUCGCUUCAACAUUCACGGCAUUCUC